AUGUUAGUCCACUUGGAUAAAUGGUGGAAAAGCAAGGCCCAUCGUCGCAUAAAAGGUGCUCGCGGGGCCCGUUUUGCGAGUCUUAAGUUUCAUGUUCUAUUCCUUGGCAGUGUUAUUUGUUUUGUUGAGUGGGUGAUGCGAUCGACUGACUGCUACGAGGAUCCCUCUUACCAUAUUGCUCCACCACCAGUCGCGCCUCCUCCACCGUUGGCUGCGUCGAUUGGAUAUGCACUGAGUCGGGAAAUGCCACAUCUGCGUGUCAUGGAACUAGAGAAAGGGAUACCGUCACAUUUACCGAAGACGCGGGGUGUUGACUACGUGUUGCUGCGAAGCGAAGGGAGGUUUGUUUAA